GUCGUGGCCAGAUUUCAACCCCCACGGCCAUCGCCUGUAUAAAAGUAUCGUAGUCUCGGGAUCUCAGGACAGAUUUGCCUUGCACGGCUAACAGAAACAGCAUUCGCGACAACUUUUCUAAAGAAACGAAGGAAACAGCAUGACAUCGAUAAAAUAUGUACUGAUCUUAAUUGUGAUGCUGGGACUCACGUACCGUACACUGGGAACAACUGAAGAUUCUUACAGGAACCUGUUGGGAAUGAAUUUUCCAUACGGCAGAGGAAUGAACAAUGAUUUGCAACUUGCAAGAAUCCUGUUGCCACCCUGCCUCUGCCACAAUAAGCGCAACUCCGAACUUAUCAACUCGCUGUUGGGCUUACCGAAGAACAUGAACAACGCUGGAAAGUAAAAUCACUAACGUUUACUGGCAACGAUACACUUUUAUUUAAUGUAUACAUUUCAGAGAAGCUUCUAAGCUUGUAACAUACUGAAUUCAAUAAACUAGAAGAAUUAUA